CCUUGCCCCUGUGGGCGAGGGGGCUGCAGUGGGAGAGACAGGCCACGCGGAACCACCCUGGUGCAACAUCUGUUUUAAUGUUUUAAAACUCAAAGUUAAACCAUUUUUGAGUGAUCUAGGUGAUUGAUUAAAAGUCUUUGACAGUCCGUUUUGGCAACCACCAGCAUGAGGACUCUGGUGAAGACAGCCUUGCGUCCCAGACUUCUGUUACACCAUGUGCUGCUGGAGCAUGAAGACAUCACUGACCUGAAGUCUUGUUAGCUGGAGACACAGUAGAAUUUCUGAUGCCAUCUUGAUCGUGAAUACAAAGACCAAUUUUAGCCCCAGAAAUCAUGGGAGAGUCCCGUAUUCUCAGAGUGAAGGUUGUUUCUGGAAUUGAUCUUGCCAAAAAGGACAUCUUUGGAGCCAGUGAUCCAUACGUGAAACUUUCACUGUACGUGGCAGAUGAGAAUAGAGAACUUGCUUUGGUGCAGACAAAAACAAUUAAAAAGACGCUGAACCCAAAAUGGAAUGAAGAAUUUUAUUUUAGAGUAAACCCAUCUAAUCACAGACUCUUGUUUGAAGUAUUUGAUGAAAACAGAUUGACGCGAGACGACUUCCUGGGCCAGGUGGACAUACCGCUUAGUCAUCUCCCGACAGAAGACCCAACGAUGGAGCGACCCUACACGUUUAAGGAUUUUCUCCUCAGACCAAGAAGUCAUAAAUCUCGAGUUAAGGGAUUUUUGCGAUUGAAAAUGGCCUACAUGCCCAAAAACGGAGGUCAAGACGAAGAAAGCAGCGAGCAGAGGGAUGAAAUGGAGCCUGGCUGGGAAGUUGUGGACUCAAAUGACUCGGCUUCUCAGCACCAAGAGGAACUGCCGCCCCCUCCUCUGCCCCCUGGCUGGGAGGAGAAAGUGGACAACUUGGGUCGUACUUACUACGUCAACCACAACAACCGGACCACUCAGUGGCACCGACCCAGCCUGAUGGACGUGUCCUCCGAGUCCGACAGCAACAUCCGGCAGAUCAACCAGGAGGCGGCACACCGGCGCUUCCGCUCCCGCCGGCACAUCAGCGAGGACCUGGAGCCGGAGGCCGGCGAGGGCGGAGACGGCCCCGAGCCCUGGGAGACCAUCUCAGAAGAAGCGAAUGUCAGUGGGGACUCCCUCAGUCUGGCGCUGCCCCCACCACCAGCCUCGCCCGUGUCUCGGACCAGCCCUCAGGAGCUGUCUGAGGAGCUGAGCAGGAGACUUCAGAUCACUCCCGACUCCAAUGGGGAGCAGUUUGGUUCUUUGAUUCAAAGGGAGCCCUCCUCGCGGUUGAGGUCCUGCAGUGUCACCGACGCGGUCACAGAGCAAGCUCAUCUACCACCGCCCAGUGCCCCAACUAGGAGAGCACGUUCAUCAACUGUCACGGGUGGUGAGGAGCCAACGCCAUCAGUGGCCUAUGUACACACCACGCCGGGCCUACCUUCAGGCUGGGAAGAGAGAAAAGAUGCUAAGGGACGCACAUACUAUGUCAAUCAUAACAAUCGAACCACCACUUGGACUCGGCCUAUCAUGCAGCUUGCAGAAGACGGUGCGUCUGGAUCCGCCACAAACAGUAACAACCACCUAAUCGAGCCUCAGAUCCGCCGGCCUCGUAGCCUCAGUUCGCCAACAGUAACUUUAUCUGCCCCACUGGAGGGAGCCAAGGAUUCACCCAUACGUCGGGCUGUGAAAGAUACCCUUUCCAAUCCACAGUCCCCACAGCCAUCACCUUACAACUCCCCCAAACCACAACACAAAGUCACACAGAGCUUCCUGCCGCCCGGCUGGGAGAUGAGGAUAGCGCCCAACGGCCGGCCCUUCUUCAUUGACCAUAACACAAAGACUACGACGUGGGAAGAUCCACGCCUGAAAUUUCCAGUACACAUGCGGUCAAAGGCAUCUUUAAACCCCAAUGACCUUGGCCCUCUUCCUCCUGGUUGGGAAGAAAGAAUUCACUUGGAUGGCCGAACGUUUUACAUCGAUCAUAAUAGCAAAAUUACUCAGUGGGAAGACCCAAGACUGCAGAACCCAGCGAUUACUGGUCCGGCUGUUCCUUACUCCAGGGAAUUUAAGCAGAAAUAUGACUACUUUAGGAAGAAAUUAAAGAAACCUGCUGAUAUUCCAAAUAGGUUUGAAAUGAAGCUUCACAGAAAUAACAUAUUUGAAGAGUCCUAUCGGAGAAUCAUGUCUGUGAAAAGGCCAGAUGUCCUGAAAGCUAGGCUGUGGAUUGAAUUUGAAUCAGAGAAAGGUCUGGACUAUGGGGGUGUGGCCAGAGAAUGGUUCUUCUUACUGUCCAAAGAGAUGUUCAACCCCUACUAUGGUCUCUUCGAGUACUCUGCAACGGACAACUACACACUUCAGAUCAAUCCCAAUUCAGGCCUCUGUAAUGAAGAUCAUUUGUCCUACUUCACUUUUAUUGGAAGAGUUGCUGGUCUGGCAGUAUUUCAUGGGAAACUUUUAGAUGGUUUCUUCAUUAGACCGUUUUACAAAAUGAUGCUGGGAAAGCAGAUAACUCUGAACGACAUGGAAUCCGUGGAUAGUGAAUAUUACAACUCUUUGAAAUGGAUCUUAGAAAAUGAUCCGACUGAACUGGACCUAAUGUUCUGCAUCGACGAAGAAAACUUCGGGCAGACAUAUCAAGUGGAUCUGAAGCCCAAUGGGUCAGAAAUAAUGGUAACAAAUGAAAACAAAAGGGAAUAUAUUGACUUGGUCAUCCAAUGGAGGUUUGUGAACAGGGUCCAGAAGCAGAUGAACGCCUUCUUGGAGGGAUUCACAGAACUGCUUCCUAUUGAUUUGAUUAAAAUUUUUGACGAAAACGAGCUGGAGUUGCUGAUGUGCGGCCUUGGCGACGUGGACGUGAACGACUGGAGACAACAUUCUAUUUACAAGAACGGCUACUGCCCCAACCACCCUGUGAUUCAGUGGUUCUGGAAGGCUGUGCUGCUGAUGGAUGCUGAGAAGCGUAUCCGGUUACUACAGUUUGUCACGGGGACGUCCCGGGUACCUAUGAAUGGAUUUGCCGAACUUUAUGGUUCUAAUGGUCCUCAGCUGUUUACAAUAGAGCAAUGGGGAAGUCCUGAGAAACUGCCCAGAGCUCACACAUGCUUUAAUCGCCUUGACUUACCUCCAUAUGAAACCUUUGAAGACUUACGAGAGAAGCUUCUCAUGGCCGUGGAAAAUGCCCAAGGCUUCGAGGGGGUGGAUUAAGCGUCCCGUGCCUCCGGGUGGUGGUUCUUCGAGCAGGUCCUGCUUGCACUUUUGCAUUUGCCUAACAGACUUUGCUGAGCCGCUGGCAGAGGGCGGCGCGCGGCCUGGGCUCCUGGAGCGUUGCCCUCGCCCGGGACUUGCCCCAGUUUCAACCUGGGAACCCAGCCCCGGGUCCGUUCCUGCGUUUUCCACCAAUUACCAACUGGUUGAUGUGUAUACUAAUUACAUUUCAGGAGGACUUAUUCUAUUUAUGUUAUGCCUCUGUAGGCGAAGCCCUUAAUAAAUAUUUUAUAAUGACAAUGAAUGGAAUUAAUCACUCUACAGGUAUAGUAUUACAACUCAUGUUUACUUUUUAAGAUGAUUUAGACCGAUUUUCAGACUUCAUUUCAUGACAAUUAAAGAUGUCUCAUGUACUUGGAAAAGUGAGCUUUUUUUUUUUUUUUUGUAUUUGAAUUUCAUACCAGGUUUGAUGUCGGUGACAUUUUUAUUUUUAAAGUACUUUGACACCCCCUACCCCCUAAUUUGAUCAGAAUUGGAAGACUGAUUUUCAUCCAAAAACCUUCUACAGACAAGUACUUUGAGAAAAUUUAAAAUACAUUAGGCACCAUGAGUUUUUUUUUCCAUACUCAGAAUGAAAAUAAACUGGAUAUUACUUUUUUUUUGUACAAAUUUAGCAUAAUAGCUACAGGCUGAGAGAAUUGUAACAUAGCAUGACAAAUUUUGUGUUGACUUGAAGGAAUCACACCAUUAUUCCUUAGAAGUAAUUACGUGUGCUUUAACGCAUUUGAGACAGGGUUCGACUAGCAUUUCUCGUCAGAGAAAUUACUUAACCCUUCCCAAUGCUGUACAGUCGUUCUUAUUAUUAUAUUUUCCUCUUUGCUGUUCGUAGUAGAGACAUUUGAAUGAAACUUGGCACUGCGUGAUUUGAAACUGUGGAAACCAGAUCUGUGUAGUCUCCUGUUUGUACACGUUUGCUAACGGUAGUGAAAUAACCAAUUUUUGUUCUAACUGCACCAAUUCCGAAGGCACUUUAUGUACUACAUGGAGGUCAUAUCUGGUCUUGAUUCUGUUUUGUUGGGUUUUUUUUUUUUUUUAAUCACAAACAUUAAAUGUGAUAAUGAUUUCCUCCCCUGCACACACCUUUCCGGUGCAAUAUCUACCCAUUGUGAGUCUGGCUGCUGGGUACAAUGCCUGGACGUAAAGCUGAGCCUACAGACCUGUCCUCACCAGCUGUUUUGUGAUUUCUCCUCCCCUGCAGAGAUUAAUUUAAUAUACACUUAAUCUAACCGAGUUUGUUCCUUGUUGCAUGCUUCAGAACCGUGGACUGCCCGAGUUGUGUCUGUUGUGUGCUAGGUGAAAAGUGCCAGAGAAGACUGGGUGUGACCCCCCUGAUGUCCAGCUCUUCUGAGGGUCCUAGCGGGGAUUGAGGGGGUCUGUGAGACUGGUUUCUUAGCCACUUGUAAGUCCUGGGUGCAGAACUCUGUUGUGUUUGGAGAGACUGCCUGAGGCAGCGUGGGGGUGCUGCCACCCUGCGGUCCUUUCUCACCUUUGUUGUCCUCUACACCGCCAUGGCAGUCGGGGGACACUUGAGACUUCAUCUCUUGCCAGUCGUAGAUAAGACAAAAAAAUCAUGGUUUCGGGGCCUCCAUUUGUUAUUUAAGAAGGAUCUUUUGUUGUUACAAAUUCAUUUUACCCAGCUCUGGGUGGCUCGUGGGAAGCCAGGAAUAUGGGUGGCUGGAAGUGAGUCGUCUGAACAGGGUGCAGGGGCCUCAGUGUUGUCUGAAAGAAGGUGGAUUUCUAGAGAGCUGAGGAUUGUUCCUUUUUCAUGUUGAUGAAAAAAUACCAGUAGUGAUCAGAAAACUUUGGUGUUGAGUAGGUUAAGAAAAAAACAGUAUUGCUCAUUAGUUUUACCUGUUGAUAGGAUUUUUUUCCCUUCAGUCAAUAUGACAAGUUUGUGUCAGCCCCCACCUCGUGGCCCACCAAGUGCAGACUUGCCUUUCUUUACACGAUUCGUGCCAAAGCCUGAGAGCGCAGGAUGCUUGGAUGGGUUCUGAAAGUGAUUAUGUAAUUAUAGGGGGAGAAAGCCAACGAUUCUUGUCCAAGGAGUGGGAUUCUUCUGUCAUUUUGUAAACUGUAUAUUUGAAAAAAUCAGAAGUAACUGCAUGCAAAUUAGGCAAAGUAUUGGAAAUACGGAAGAAAACCCCAUUCUAGGAUAAUUUCUGUGCCAGGAACAGAUAAGAAUUAUCAAAAUACAUCCUUGUGAAUACUUGAAAGGCAGUGAUUGUGAAUGACAGUUCAGUUCAUCUGUCCCUUAAUAUCUGAUUCCAAUGACAGCUCAGAAGUGCUGGGUUCAGAGUUUGUUUUGGGUGGGGGUUUUUUGUUUUUUAGUCUGAAUAAGGUUCCCUAGUUCUCGGUGAUUCUCAGUGUUUCACCCUUUGUCUAAAAUGGUCAGAUCUUGGUUUCUCUCCACCCUCCAUCACCUUCACAACGUGAUCACAGAGGCAGUAAGGAAAAUGCAGCGUGUGAAGGAGCAGACUGCCCGGUCAUCCCUUGGACCUCUGUCUACUCCUCUGCCCACUCAGCAGGCCUGGGGGAGGAGGGCGGGUCGCCUAAUCUAGUUGUCCUUAGCAGUGACGCUACUUUGCAGUCCAGGGUCUCUGUCGCCUCUGUUUUCUUAGAAAUUACCUGAAUCUAGUAGCGUCAUUAGUUCCUUGAAAAAGAGUUGCUAUGGGCCAUUUUGCCUUGAGGGUAAGUCCCAGAGUUGACAUAACUGCACGUUGAAAGUCUUUUAAACAUCAGUUAUCAUAUCCACCUAUAAAGGUCCUGGGUAUCUCUGUUCCCGCCUCUUAUCAGCCUAAAGGUGAAUUUGGAGAAGUCUGCCCAGGGGGAUUGACUUCAGAUACUAGGCUGCUUUUCUACCUGCUGCCUCUGGUGCAGGGAGCUGUUUUAAAGCUGUAUUCCGCUUCAGUGCGAUUUUCCUUUUUCCCAGAACAUCCCAUUAUUUACCAAGGCCCUUGGGCCGCUAACAUCAGAUAUUCCCUAAGGGCAGGUGACAGAUGCUGUAACCAGACACGGAUGAUCCCUCCCACAUAAGGAGGCAGAGAGAGAUUCUGAGAAACGGUUUGCACAAUCCCUGAGCCACUUUGUCUCAUUGUGAAAUGGACAGCACGUACAGUUGCUGCUUAAUCUUGCCAGGUCCAUGCUGGCUCUCUUGCAAGGCAAGUUCACAUGCAGCAAGUCACUAACUGUUCUAACAGUUACUGUUUCAAACUUGACUGUGAGAUUUUCCUAAGUCUCGUUAUCUCACCCCUGAAAUUUCAGAAUCUAUCAAAAGAGCCUGGGUUAAUCAGUUCUCAAGCCCCUACCCACAUCCUCUUUGUUUGCCUCUUUCCUCCUCACCCUGACUGCACCCCUGUACUGACUCGGGUGGCAUCUUCUGCCUUGCCAGUAGGGGGUGCUGCCGUGCAGGGUAACUGCCUGGCCCACUCCCUUCCUGACCCCCAGGAGACCCUGCACUACCUCUGUCUCUUUCAGACUUUGGGGUACAUCCUGACAUGUCAUGUCAAAACUGCCAGUUUUAGGUCUGAGAUUUUUUUUUUUUUAAUCCUGAUAAUCUCCACUUUGUACUUUAGAUUUUAAAACUGGGAAGAAAAUGUGAUGUACUUUGGACCACUUUUUUUAAUUUAUCAAAGCCUUAAUGAACAGUGUAUAUAUAUUUGCAUACGCACACCCCCACCCGAGUGUUUUCAGUGCAUCGGAGACAAAGCUGUAGCAUUAAGAUGGGAGCUUGUAUAGUGUCUCAUAGAAAAGGAGAGCUUUCUGUUGGUAUGGAGUUUUCCAAGAAGACCUCUCAUUAGACAUCUGCCCUUCAUUAAAGAUGUUACGUGCAGAGCCUUGCAUGUUUAAGGCGCAUGUCUUUUUGUUGGUUGGUUUUGUGUUUGUGUGGAGUAACGAUGAAAUCUAACGACACUGGCAACAGACCUCUGUGUACUACGUUCUCAACCUGUAUCAGUGCAUUGAAAGCCUUCUUGUGACCAUGACCCUGUGUCCACAGACAUCUGUGCUCCUGUAUAAGCCAGUUUGCCCCUCUUCCUCAGACUAAUUUCACCUCGAUUGUCACGGUUUCCUUCAUGUUAACUUUGCAUAACUUUGUUCUUCCUUUACUGCUAUGUAUGUAUAUAUAUAUAUAUACGUACAUAUGCUAUCCAAAUAUAUCUAUAUAUAUUUGCAUAGCAUUUUUACACCUUUCUCGAGGAAUCUGGUUUCAAAAGGGAGGGAGAGUUGAAUCCCUUUUACAGUUUUCUCCAAGCUGUGUCCUGAGAAUUCUGACCCUCGGAGCCCAAGAGAACCCCAGGACAAUGAUAUAAUAUGCUGUCAUCUCUUAAUUCAGGAUCUGUUAUCAAAUGAAACAUGAAAAAAUAGUGACUUUUAAGGUGAAAGAGAGUUUCAAGCAUUCCAAAUGAAUUCUCAAUGUUUCAUAACUUUUUAUUAUAAACCCACCUCCUAAUAUAAAGCCAAGUACUAUUUGUUACAGUAAUUAAAAACCAAACUACUUAGAAAUUUUUUUAAAGACAACGUAUGGAUAAAUGCUCAUUUUCACAAUCAGAAUAGCUUUAAAAUACGGUUGAAUUUGAUACACACAGGAAACAUUUUGUUGAAGAAUAAGUCCUUUUUGCUUUUUGUUUUUCUUGAGCCAUCUAAAGAGAAAUUGUAGAUUGUUUUCCUGAUAGCAAAAGAGUUAUGUGACAAAAAUGAACUCGUUGUAAAGAAGUGAUGCAACUUGUCAAAUAUUUAAUAAAGAAUUAUGGAAGCUAGAACUUUUCUACAUCAAGUA